AUGUUGACGGCCUAUGCCGACAUCGCGGACGCAUUCUACAACGCGCAGCUCCCCAUGGCCUGGCGCCCGAACUUCGCCCCCCCGCCCAUCGGCGCUUGGCGGCUGGGGCGGGCGGCUGCCGCGGGGGCGGGUCAACCUCGGAAGGCCCGCGCCCACGCGGUCUUCCAGCGGGUGGCGGAGCCGGCGCCAGCCUCGAGGAUCGUGGAUCGGCAGGUCUUCGCGGGCUUGGCGCUCGGGCGCCAUCUCGCGUGCGUCGGCAAGUCUGCCGCGCCCCAGCUGGGCCCCCCCGUCGCCGACCAGGUGGAGGACGCCGCGGUGGCGGAGCUGCGCUCGAGCGGGCUGCCCGUUCGCGAGGAGGGGCCGGCCACGCUCCGCGCGCAGAUGCUGGGCUGGGCGCGCGACGUCCGCCGCGAGGCGGCAGUUCCGCGGGGCCCUGCGGGCCGCGUGCUGAAGGCGCUCUCGGUCGAAGAGACCGCGAGGAACAACUACUUCGGCCUGUGGCGGACCAGGCCCCUGGAGGGCAUGACCUACUCUGAGCAGGAUCCCACCCUGGAGGAGGGGGAGCUGCAGGGCGACGACGGCGAUUACAACGGCAGCGAGUUGGACGACCAGGUCUACUUCGGGGAUGGCCAGGAGUUUGGCGAUGAGAAUUACGAUGGGUACCUGGAGAAGCACAUCGAAGAGCUCCAGAAGAAGGCCCUGUGCUCAGAUUGCAGAGAGUUUGGUCACUGGCAAAGCGACGCGGUCUGCCCCAAGCAGAAGGGCGACCUAUCGGCAGGUCCGAAGAAGUCGGGCCGAAGCUUUGUCGCCCUGCAGGACGACGGCGACGACCAGGAACGCGACCAGGAGGAACCGAUGGUCAAGAAGUGCAAGGAUGAGAACGCCAAACGCUGCGAACACGUCUACAGCUCGCUGGGGGACAAGAGCCUGCUCGAGAGGGGCGCCAGCGGCGCCUGCAGGCACGCCUACCGCAGCGAGUGCGACGUGCACCUCGUCAUCGCUGACAGCGGGAAGCCCCCCGAUCUGUGGAGGCACGUGACCGCCGCCCUAAGCAUGAUUGCCUGGUGCACGAAGGUCAGCGCCCAGAAAUUACCGCUCCAUGAGAUGAUCGAGGACCUCGUGUUCCUCUACGGCUACACGCUCAGCAUGCUCAUCUGGCGCGGCAAGUGGCCGCGGGGCGAGGUCAUCGAGAAUGGCGAUCCCGUGCGCGUCGGGCUCCACCGCGAUGACCAUUUUCUCUGCGGCAUCCUGCCGGCGGCCCGCGGCACGUUCAACGCAGGCCCGAGGCAGCUGAGAGAGAUGGAGAAGUGUCGCCUCGGCUCUGGAGAUAGCGGCUGGAUGGAGGUGAACGCCUGGCUGUCCACGAUGCCCGCGCACCCGAACAUGUUAACCAUCGCCUUCCCGGUGGCCGUCGGCGGUUGCAUCGGAGAGCUCGCGUCCUCCGCGGCGGACGAGGCCCCCGACGCCAGUCGCAACUGCCCGAUUCACCUCGGCAUGGACAUGCUCGCAGAGCUCGGGGCCGCCGCUCACCAGGAUAGCAGCGGCGGCGCCGCCGACUCCAUUGCCGUCAUAGUCUCCGGCCUCGAGGUGCACCGCGCCUCAGCUGGCCGCGCAGCGAUCAAAAAGUUUCGACUUCUUCUCGGCGCCGACCGGGGGUGCCUUCAGGCGGGGCGCAGCCAGCGAGGGGAUCCGCUGAUCCAGCCAGUGGCGGAGGACUCGUACUUGGAGGGGCCACCGCCCGCGCCCGCACCCAGGGGCCCUGCAGUGCUUGGCUGGGUGGCCAAUGUGACCACGCGCGACGAGAGGUCGCACCGCCGAGGCCGCAGCCUCAGGGCCGAUGCCACUGCCAGUGGCAAGUUUGUUGCCCGGAGCUCAACGGCCCCGGGGGGGGCCAAGCGCGCGACUUUCCACCGGGCACUAUAUCGAGACCCUGCGCGGCCGGACGCCCAGAAGCUCGCGGGGAAGCGCAAGACGUCCACGUCUGCGCGAACCAGGAGCGCGAUGGGGGAGUGCCUCGACGAGGCCUACUCUGGCGACAACGUUGUCGACAGCGCAGGUGCCUACAAGUGGAGACGCGCGGACUGCGGCAGCACGAUUUACGUCGCCACCGACGCACGUGGAUCCCAAUGGUCCAAGGUAUCGUGCCGCAUCGCGACAUUUGCCUUGGUGCGCGCACGUUACAUCGUGGCUGGAGAGAUCUUUCAGGCCAGAAUGACGAUCUUCGGGGCAGCGUCGAUCGGCAGCAACGAUCGGGCGGAGUUCGCCUGCCUCACCAAGGUAGGCGAGCACUGGAAGAUCGCAGCAGCUGACGCGGCUGCGGCCUGCCUGCAGUCGGAGGAGGCCGUGCGCGCACUAGUCCUCAAGGGGCGUGCCCGGCAAUUUUAUCGGCCACUACGCGCUCACGUUGACGACCGCUUCGCGACGGGCGCGGGCCACGAGGUCGACGGCGUCGUAGAGAAGGUCAAAGUCCAGAUGCGCCUGACCUUCAAGCGCGGCAAGUUCAGGCACUGCUGCUACGGGGUCGCGCAGUGCGCCGCGCUCACGACUAAUGUCGGCCAGUCGGAGACAGUGGGCGCGCUGGAGUGCAUCAACCUCGGCAACGGAGUCCUGACGGCGGCCGAGAGCGUGAUCGGGAAGGUUGCGGACGCCAGGUUCGCCUGUUCGAACUUCGACCCGCACGUGCAUGUCCAGAUGCAGAUGCGCAACCUGAAGCUCAAGCUGAUCGCUGGCCUGUGCGCCACGGUCCAGCAUGACACUGACGAGAACAGCGAGAUGUUGAGGGACGCUUUCUCGAAGGCCACUCAAGCCAUGGGCAAGUUCGAGAAUGAGAAGGACAUCUCGAGGGCGAUCAAGGAGCAUUUCGACCACAAGUACGGGCCAAACUGGCACUGCGUGGUCGGCAAGGGGUUCGCCACAUACUCCACAUACGAGGCGAAGACCAGCAUGUUUUUCGCCAUGCCGCCGUUGUCCAUUCUCAUCUACAAGAUGGGCUAG